AUGCUGGUUUGUGGAACGGGUGAAUUGAAACCGAGUUGUUCUUCUCUCUUGAACCGUGCACAAGGGAAUUUGUUUGACACAUUUGCACUGCGGCGAAUUAUAAACACCCCAUGUCCAUGGCCACCAAGGCCGUCUGGGGGGAUCGGCCGAUCAACCCAACUCUUCCAUGUAGCUCAAAAUUUCCGAAAUUUUGACAGAUCAGCAGAUCACCCUUGCUCAGAGGGUUCUCUCCAUUGUAUUUUGACAAAUCUCCCAAACUCGACGCCGUCCCCACCUCCGAAGCCCUAUCGGCCCUCAGUCUCAUCCGUUCCGCGUUGCUCCCGACUCCCUCUGUCGCCAAGAUGGGGUCCUCCCACCUCUCGCUCUGCGCCCAGCGCCCUCACCCUCGCCGCCCGCACAGUAUGGCCUUCGCGUCUGCAGCGCUUGCUUCCAACGCCACCCUCAGUCCAAACCUCCCGCCCGCUCCAAUCCCGCUGCAGGACCUGGGCCCGUCAGAGCGCGUCGUCGAGGUUGUUCUCGCCGCCAGCUCAAAUCUUCUUAACGGUGCCAUCUUUGGUGCCCUCUUUGGCUUUGUCUCGGGCGUCUGGUCCACGCGUUCGCUGCGCGGCGCCUUUGCCGAGGCUAAGAACAACGGACGCUCAUGGGGCGCGAUCUCGGGCGUGUAUGCAGGUGUGCAGACGGCGGCAAAGGUCAUCAGGAAUAGGGAGGACAAGUUCAAUUCAGUUAUCGGUGCGUGUGGAAGUGGCGCCGCCUUCACGGCAAAGUCAGGGCCCAGGGCUGCCGCGCAGGGGUGCGUAAGCUUUGCAGCCCUCAGCUACAUUAUCGACAUGCUUACUAGCGGACAGAACAAGGAAGAUCCGACGAGUGAUGAGGCGAUUCUUAGGAAGAAACGCUAACUGCGCCGCGCCAUCGUCGAAAGGGUGACAAGUGGAGAGGGAGGGCAACUAGUGGCCCUUUCCGUGGUACAAGACGCUCUCUGGCGCCCAGGUUUUGAUAAGACGUUUGGAAGACUCUUGAAUGAUCGAGUUGUGAUAUUGUCGUGACCUGUUUCGUGGCCGAUCGGAUGACUAAUGCAGAUAUCCGUGAAAGCACGGUGUCAAAAGGUUUCGCGCAAUGUUGGCUUACUAGCGUUACUGAUAUGUAAAUUGGUGCCUACAUUAUCUAUCGUGCCAGUAUCCGAGAAGAAGCGGUUGCUUUAUUUGCAAUGGAUGUGAAUACGUUCUUGGGCUGGCCGCUGGCCCUGCUUCGGUUUGUGUUUCCUCGUCACAUUGUACGGCAGCAUCACGCCGACGGUCGUCAAGGUCAAAUCACGUCAUUUUUGUAUCCGCGGCCUGGGUAGUUACUUGAUUUCUGCAGGUAUCAUCGGAUGGAUAUCGAAUAACGACUUGAUUGACCAUCCGCACUCGGGGCAUGUGGCGAGGUCCUGCUGCAGAGCGUCUUCCAGGCAAUAGACGUGAUGAAAGUGCCCGCACGGCAGCUGCAGAUACUUUUUCUUAACAUCUCCUCCAAUGCAGAGCCCGCAUUUGUACCCGUCGAGGACACCGUUUUUCUGCAACUCGCCUUGACGCUUUCGCGGAAGUGCAUAUUCUUUACAUAAGCGAUGAAUCUCAUCACUGUUAAGUCUUCUCAGGGAAUUGUCUUGAAGAAGUAGGUGACCAGCUUUCUUGAUAUUUUUUUCAUUGUUUGCCUCGGGUGCUUUUCGUGCCAAGAAGAAAAGAGCAAGUCCUAAUGAAAGUAUUCCGCUGGGGAAAAACAGCAUCUUCAUUAACCAUCCGACGGCUGUGUCAUUGAAGUAUCCGAAAUUGCCGCUGUCUACGACCAGGGGCCUUAUCUGACGCAAGACUUGCGAAAGCAAUCCAGUAUGCAUGAGUGGCAACUUGUUCAGACAAAAAAAGGAUAUGAGCGGGCAAAAUGAACGAGUCCACGACAGGUAACUGGAGAGCUUUGCUUACGUUUUCACGUUUCCUCAGGUAUGAAAGAGUAACGAUUCCCCCUUUUAGCCCGAAAUAAAGUCAUCUCCCCGCGCACGGAUGGGUUAUUGCCCGAUGGUCGCGACUAAGAAUCGAGGGAACACGGGGGAGCAAA